UGGGCGGAGGGGGCGGGCUCACCGCCAACGUCAUCAGCCGGCAUCUGCCAACAUGGAAGGUGGAGACGGCGGUGUCGCUGUGGCUAGCCAUGGGGCUCGGGGUUCUGAGGCGGCUGCAGCAACAGUCCGGGAGAUUCUGCAGGACGAGUGUUAUAGUGAUUUUUUAAAUGAAGACUUUGAUGUAAAGACUUACACUUCCCAAUCUAUUCAUCAAGCUGUGAUUGCUGAACAACUAGCAAAACUUGCCCAAGGAAUCAGUCAAUUGGAUAAAGAACUACACCUACAGGUUGUUGCAAGACAUGAAGAUUUACUGGCACAAGCAACUGGGAUUGAGUCUUUGGAAGGUGUUCUUCAGAUGAUGCAGACGAGAAUUGGGGCUUUGCAGGGAGCUGUUGACAGGAUGAAAGCAAAAAUUGUUGAGCCAUAUAAUAAAAUAGUAGCCCGCACUGCCCAACUAGCCAGGCUUCAGGUUGCCUGUGAUUUGCUUCGGAGAAUUAUUCGCAUCUUGUACCUCAGUAAGAGACUCCAAGGACAGCUUCAGGGGGGAAGUAGAGAGAUAACAAAAGCUGCUCAGAGUCUCAAUGAACUUGAUUAUCUUUCUCAAGGAAUAGAUCUUUCUGGAAUAGAAGUAAUUGAAAAUGAUCUACUUUUUAUUGCAAGAGCUCGACUUGAAGUGGAAAAUCAAGCUAAGCGCCUACUGGAGCAGGGUGUAGAGACUCAGAAUCCAACGCAAGUCGGAACAGCUCUUCAGGUUUUCCAUAAUCUUGGAACUUUGAAGACUACCAUUACCAGUGUGGUGGAUGGAUACUGUGCUGCUUUAGAAGAAAGUAUCAGCAGUGCCUUAGAUAUCAAAGUUUUGACGCAGCCUGCCCAGUCAGCUGCGCGAGGGGGACCUGGCCGAUCUACCAUGCCAACCCCAGGAAACACAGCAGCUUUUCGUGCUUCACUCUGGACCAAUAUGGAGAAACUUGUAGAUCAUAUUUGUACUGUUUGUGGACAGGUCCAACAUCUACAAAAAAUAGUAGCCAAGAAGAGAGAUCCUGUUUCUCACGUGUGUUUCAUUGAAGAAAUAGUUAAGGAUGGAGAAUCUGAAAUUUUAUACACAUUUUGGAAUUCAGUUACUCAAGCACUUUAUUCUCAAUUUCAAAUGGCAACAAAUUCUUCUAUGUUUUUGAAACAGGCAUUUGAAGGAGAAUAUCCUAAAUUAUUACGUCUUUAUAAUGAUUUAUGGAAGCGUCUUCAACAGUACAGCCAAAACAUUCAAGGAAAGUUUAAUGCAAGUGGAACUACAGACCUCUCUGUUGACCUACAACACAUGGAAGACGAUACCCAAGACAUGUUCAUACCAAAAAAGCCAGAUUAUGAUCCAGAAAAGGCUUUAAAAGACUCACUGCAACCCUACGAGUCUGCUUAUCUAUCAAAAUCCUUAUCCAGACUCUUUGAUCCUAUCAACUUGGUUUUCCCCCCUGGGGGUCGCAAUCCUCCUUCUGCAGAUGAACUUGAAGGUAUCAUUAAAACUAUCGCAAGUGAACUAAAUGUAGCUGCUGUUGAUGCAAAUCUCACAUUAGCUGUGUCAAAAAACGUGGCCAAGACCAUCCGGUUAUACGGUGUAAAAUCAGAGCAGCUCCUCUCCACACAGGGAGAUGCAAGUCAGGUGAUUGGGCCGCUGACUGACGGGCAGAGAAGAAACGUGGCGGUGGUGAACUCACUCUUUAAGUUGCACCAGUCGGUGACAAAGGUGGUUUCCAGUCAGAGCUCAUUCCCACCAGCAGCUGAGCAAACUAUAACUUCAGCUCUAAAGACAAUCCAUGUUCUUAUGGGAAGUGCUGUGCAGCCCUUACUGACCUCAGUGGGAGAUGCUAUAGAGGCCAUCAUCAUCACCAUGCAUCAAGAAGACUUUUCUGGGUCAUUAUCUAGCACUGGAAAGCCCGAUGUUCCGUGUUCUCUGUACAUGAAGGAGCUUCAGGGUUUCAUUGCCAGAGUUAUGAGUGACUACUUUAAACACUUUGAAUGCUUGGAUUUUGUUUUUGACAACACCGAAGCUAUUGCCCAAAGAGCAAUUGAACUUUUUAUCCGCAAUGCCAGCCUCAUAAGACCUCUUGGUGAAGGUGGGAAAAUGCGACUGGCUGCUGAUUUUGCACAGAUGGAGUUAGCUGUGGGUCCAUUCUGCAGAAGAGUGUCUGAUUUAGGAAAGUCCUAUCGAAUGCUGAGGUCAUUCAGACCACUGCUCUUCCAGACCAGUGAACACCUGGCCAGUAGUCCCGCACUGGGGGACGUUAUUCCGUUCAGCAUCGCUAUUCAGUUUUUGUUCACGAGAGCACCGGCUGAGCUGAAAUCCCCCUUCCAGAGGGCUGAAUGGUCCCACGCUCGCUUCUCCCAGUGGCUGGAUGACCAUCCAUCUGAAAAAGACAGGCUUCUCCUCAUCAGGGGAGCCCUGGAAGCUUAUGUCCAGUCAGUAAAAAGUAGAGAAGGCAAAGAAUUUGCACCAGUUUAUCCCGUGAUGGUUCAGCUGCUUCAAAAAGCGACAUCUGCUCUUCAGCAAUAACAUGAAAUAUUUUUUCAUCUCCAUUUUGCACUAACCCAUUCAGGGUUGGCAGUUAAACUAAAUACAUACUCUAAAAGACAGCUAUUAUCCACUAUUUUAAGAAUGUAAUUGACUUUUCUGUAUUGCUUAGUGAUCUUUUUCUGUUUACCUCUUUAGCCCUUUUACCUUUAGCAGCAUAAAAUGUCAAAAAUCAUUACCACCUUCAAACUUCAGGGUCCUGAUUUUUCCCGGACAUCCUACUCUUUUCCUUUCAGGCUUCUCUGAGGCUAAAACUUCUUUCUCAUCACCUGAGUCCCCCUGUAGAUAACACAUAGUAAGUACCCUGCACCCGCCAACCAGCCUUCCUCCUCAGUAGGUGAGUAUGUAGCCCAGUGGUUCCCACAUCUGGUUUCACAUUAGAAUUACUGGUGGAAGCUUUAGAAAAACCCUGAUAUUGAUUUGUACCCCACAUUGACACGUCUGGGGAUAGGAGUCAGGCAUUAGGAUUUUUAAAAAACAUCCCCAAGUGUUUGCAAUAUGUAACCAAGUUUGGGAACCACUGGCAUAGCCCAAGGCAAAGCUGUAGGGCUAAAUGUUUAAAUGUUAUACUAUAGCUGUAAUAAAGAUAGAGCAAAAGA